CUUUUCUUUUCUUUUCUUUUUUUUUGUUUAAUAGAAAAUUAUACAUAAUGGAUACCAUUACACAAUUUAUUCUUGAUCCCAAGUAUCAUGAUAUACUUGCUAUUGUCAAAGGUCUUCGUAAUGGUAUUGUAUAUGGUGCUAAAGUACGAUUCCCUCAUGCCUUGGUAAUGACCUUUUUAUUUAAAUCUGGACCACUUAAGGAUAAAAUUCGAUACAUCUUCAAGGCUACUAAACAACAUGCAAAAAAUUUGGGUACUUUUGCUACCAUUUAUAAAACAUUGAUGUAUAUUCAAAAGAAAUUGAAUGGGAAUAAAGAAGCCGAUUAUCAUCCUUUUGUUGCUGGUCUUAUUGGUGGUUAUUAUGUUUUUGGUGAAAAUAACAAUAUCAAUCAACAGAUUGUUCUUUAUCUCUUCUCUAGAGUAGUCAUGGCUUUGGUCAAAUUACCAGUUAAACGUGAAAUCGUUGAUGCUCCUCAACAUACAUAUCCUAUUUUUGCUGCUGUUGUAUGGGGUGCUGUGAUGUGGUUAUUCAACAAGGAAGGUGAUACCCUACAACCCUCUCUUAGAGCUUCUAUGCAAUAUAUUUAUAAGGAUUCAAAUAAUUGGAAUUCUUUACGUACAUUACUUUGGCACAACAAAUAGAUUAGUCUAGACAACCUAUAUAUAAUGUAUUAUGAUGAUGAAAUAAAGAUGAUAUAAUUUAUAUGAUCAAAAUAAGGUUGAUCACAUAGAUACAGAAUCCUC